GCAUCUCUUCCACAGCUUCCUGCAAUCUCACCAUCGACAAUGAAGUUCCUUGCUCUCGCCGCGUCAGCCCUUACCCUUGCGGGUGCCGCUGUUGCUCAGGAGGCUGUACGAUUUGGAAUCGUUUCCGUCAGCCCAUCCACGAUCAAGCCUGGAGAGACGUUUACUGUUCACUAUAACUCGACGCUUGCGGCGCAUCAACCCGUCUACUACGACGCCUACAUUCAAGGCAUCUUGUCAAGUGGAUUCGUUCAGCCUCAGUAUCUCCUCCAGAGGACUACAUUCCCGACCGAUGGCACAAAGAACAUCUAUUUCAACACUACUCUUCCAAAUAUCGGGUACGUGAAUAACGCCUCUUACUCGGUCUGGGCGUACAUCACGUACCCAGUACAGGACGAGAGCGGUACGUCCGCUCUGGAGUACGGCGGUGUCUCCUAUCCCGUCGGGAUAGAUAUGUCCUAAUUCGACGUACGAGCUCUUCGGAUCCUCAUAUCGGACAUUUGGGCAUGUAUGAUACGCUGCCGAGCAUAAUAUUUGUUUAGUCGUAACCCCCAAGUGAGAGGAUUGUCACUGGGUGUCACU